GGCAGAGCCAUUAGCUUAUCCUCCCUUCUCUCCCCUCCUGCCUUUCUCACUCCCAAUUCCCAAACACAACAAAACAAAUACUCUCUGCUUUCACAACAUUGAAUUGCUUCCUCUUCUCUUCUCUUCUCUUCUUUCAUUUUUUAAUUGAUUGUUCUAAGCCUGCAGAUUUGGACCAUGACUAAUUAAAUCGAAAAACCUUCUUCUUCUUCUUCCUCCUCUUGACUUCUGUGUGUUUCCCUGCAAACAUUAUCUGGGUCACCUUUUGUUUGAUGAAUUAAGGAAUAAUAACAGGAGAGAAAUCGCAUGUGGGCUAUGCUGAAUUAUCCAAAAAAUGGUGUUUUGAUUGAGCACAGUUGUUAAUUACAGGGAGAGAUCUGGUCAAGAUCCAUAUUUUGAGGCAUUUGUUUUGAUUUGAUUUUUGGUUUAAUGGGUUGAGUUUUGUUCCUUUUAUGGGAGAGAUCAGGAAUGGCUUCAUCAGGAACCGAAUUGUCUCCCCAGUUCGCGGUUGCUGCACAUGGAGUGCACUGCAAUAAGAACGAGGCUUUUGACAUUGAGGACGACAUUAUUCCUGAGAAUUUGGAUAAUUUAAAUCAAGCCAACACUACAGGGAAACCUCCGCGCAACCACUCCCUUAUCCGGCACUGCGUCAGCGCCGCUCGGUUGUCGGAUAUCACUGAAUUGGAAGCAGAUGGUGAGAAUUCAGGCAACAAGCCACCUUCAGAUGAGACGGCUGGAUUUUUGCCAGUGUUUCGGUCAGGCAGCUGUUCUGAGAUUGGACCAAAACGAUCUAUGGAGGAUGAGUUUGUCUGCAUAGAUGAUCUUCAUGAACAUCUUGGUGCAAGUCCAAACUUCCCGUCUCCUGGAGCAUUUUAUGGGGUUUUCGAUGGACAUGGUGGCAUUGAUGCAGCAUCUUUCAUUAGAAAGAACAUCCUUAAGUUCAUUGUUGAGGAUUCACAUUUCCCAGAUGGCGUGAAAAAGGCUGUUAGGAGUGCCUUUGUGAAAGCUGAUCAUGCAUUUGCAGAUGUUGGCUCACUCGAUAGUUCCUCCGGCACAACUGCUCUGACUGCCCUCAUCUUAGAAAGGACCAUGCUAAUUGCUAAUGCUGGGGAUUCUCGAGCUGUGCUGGGGAAGCGGGGAAGAGCAAUAGAACUGUCUAAAGACCACAAACCCAAUUGCGCCUCUGAAAGAUUGAGAAUUGAGAAACUGGGUGGUGUUGUUUAUGAUGGAUAUCUCAAUGGGCAACUAUCGGUUGCCCGUGCACUUGGGGACUGGCACUUGAAGGGGCCAAAAGGUUCAAAGUGCCCCUUGAGCUCUGAGCCGGAGUUGCAGGAAAUUGUCCUGGCAGAGGAAGAUGAGUUUUUGAUAAUGGGAUGUGAUGGGCUGUGGGAUGUGAUGAGCAGUCAGUGUGCAGUGACUAUGGUGAGGAAGGAGCUGAUGCUGAAUAACGAUCCUGAGAAGUGCUCAAGAGAGCUUGUCAGGGAGGCACUUCGGCGCAACACUUGUGAUAAUCUCACAGUUGUGGUGGUAUGUUUCUCCCCAGACCCGCCCCCUCGGAUCGAGAUUCCAAAGUUCCACAGGAGGAGAAGCAUAUCAGCUGAAGGUCUUGAUCUUCUCAAGGGCGUUCUGAAUAAUGCUUGAACAAGUAUUGCUAUUUCAGCUGAGGCUUGUACAGACUAAUGAGGAGUAUUAAACUGCAUGGGAGGAUUUUUUGUUCUUUCAGCUGCCCAUGCCAUUGCUUAGGUUGGGUUGGGGAUUUUUUGAACUGAAAAUGCUGUACAUCUGAGACUAUGAAUUCAACUUUUUGUAGUUUUAAUUAUUGAGUCUCUGCAGUUCUUCUUGCAGGUCUUUGGCCUCUUAGGCCCAA